AACUCUUCCGUGUUAAAAACCGCAGCACAAAGUCUCAACCACCCACUAAAGGGACCUUUUAAUCAGAUGAGGUGCAGCGUAUCUGCGUAUGUGUAGUUAAUCGAUCGGAACAUUGCAACGGAGAAGAUGGAGGCUUGCAAAGGAGAAGAUGGAGGCUUUCUUGCAGGAGUAUUGUUCAUAGUCUUCCUCGACUUUGACCUAACGGGAGUAGGUUCAUAAUAUCAUUCCAACUGUCCUUGGUGCUUUGGAUGGUUUUGUGUUUGAAUCCAUCCCAGAUCCUAUCACAAACGUGUCAAUAAGAGGUCAGACGUGCAUUCAUGUUCUCAUCGCUCACUGGUAAGACAGUACAAUUUGUGCAGAUCGAAUCAACCGAGGUAAACCACGUGCGGAUUUAUAGGAAAAUGUUUAUCCAUUGGGAUGAGAAGCAAACAACACAAGUGAUGGAGGCGGAAUCAGAGAGGUGCCUGCUUAGCAAGAACUCCAUAAAAACAAAAACUAGCCAAAAAACAGUUUUGGAAAUGGCGUCGGUCAAGUGGUUUCUUCUCUGCAUUUUCUUCACCGCCGCUUCUGCUAAUGUUCAAAGGUACAAAUGGUUGCCAUGAAAGUUGAUGUUUUUUCACAUCCCGUUGGAUAAAAAAUGCUCUUUCGCUCGCCCAUGAAAAAAGGCCAUACUCGACAGUGACGAGGAUAGGUGUAGAAGUCAAGGUAUUUUCUUUUUUUUGGGCCUAAGGACUACACAUUUUCAUGUGAACCUACAGUUGAGAUGAGGGUGGUAAGCAUAUACUUUUGAAAGUGAGAAAAUACACAAAAAGUGGUGUGGACCUUUAAGUUCACCAAAGAAGCUUUUUUUGCUGGUCGACAAGGUGCUUAUUGAGUUCUUUUUGAAUCUAUUGAUAGAAGAAGAUUGAGUGUACAAAAAUGUAGAUGCACUUUUCUUAUGUAAGCAGUAAUAAAUAUUAUGCUACUCG